AUGGGAAACGGGAUGUGCUCGCGAAAGCAGAAGCGGAUCUUCCAGACGCUGCUGCUGCUGACCGUGGUGUUCGGCUUUCUCUAUGGCGCGAUGCUCUACUACGAGCUGCAGACGCAGCUGCGGAAAGCCGAGGCGGUGGCGCUCAAGUACCAGCAGCACCAGGAGUCCCUUUCCGCCCAGUUACAAGUUGUGUAUGAACACAGAUCGAGAUUAGAGAAAUCCUUGCAGAAGGAAAGACUUGAACAUAAGAAAGCAAAGGAAGAUUUUCUGGUUUAUAAAUUAGAAGCACAAGAAACACUAAAUAAGGGAAGGCAAGAUUCCAAUAGCAGGUACAGUGCAUUGAAUGUCCAGCAUCAGAUGUUGAAGAGUCAACAUGAGGAGCUAAAGAAACAGCACAGCGACUUGGAAGAGGAACACCGCAAGCAAGGGGAAGACUUCAGUAGGACAUUUAAUGACCACAAGCAGAGAUACCUGCAGCUGCAGCAAGAAAAAGAACAAGAGCUUUCUAAGCUAAAAGAAACUGUGUACAAUUUGAGAGAAGAGAACAGACAACUGAGGAGAGCACAUCAGGACAUGCACACACAGCUGCAAGAUGUCAAGCAACAGCAUAAGAAUUUACUCUCCGAGCAUGAACAACUUGUAGUGACUUUGGAAGACCACAAGAGUGCACUAGCUGCUGCACAGACUCAAGUUGCAGAAUAUAAACAACUGAAAGAUACUCUGAAUAGGAUUCCAAGCCUUCGAAAACCAGAACAAACAGAGCAGCAGAAUGUUACCCAGGUGGCACAUCCUCCACAAGGUGACAGCACAGCAAGGGACAAGUCACCUGGGGAGCCUCGGGAGGUGUCUCGAAAUAGCCAAGUGUGGCAGAACCAUGAAGCAGUCCCUGGAAGAACAGAGGAAGCAAAACCUUACCCUCCCAGCCCGAAGGAGGCAGAAUUCCAGGCUCCUGCAGAGCUGCCCCGGCCAGAAGCUGGACCCGGGGAGCCGGAGGAGCGGCAGGUGGAGGAGGAGCACAGGAAGGCCCUGGAGGAGGAGGCAAUGGAGCAGGUGGGGCAGGCUGAGCACCUUGAGGAGGAGCACGACCCGUCCCCGGAGGAGCAGGACCGGGAGUGGACAGAACGGCGGGAGCAAAGAGAAGCCAAACUUCUGGAAGGGCAGGCUCACGCCGAGGCGCAUCCUUCAGCCAAGCCGGUUACCAAGUUCCAGUCACCGUACGAGGAGCAGCUGGAACAGCAGAGGCUGGCAGUGCGGCGGGCGGAGGAGGCCCAGCGGCUGAGGCAGCACCAGGAGGCCCUGCACCAGCAGAGGCUGCAGGGACACUUGCUGCGGCAGCAGCAGCAGCAGCUCCUCGCCCAGCAGAGGCAGGCCGGGCUCGAGGAAGGCCGGCCGCAGCGCCCGGAGCAGACACGGCAGCAAGCUCGUUAUGAUGCUGUAGAUAACGAUAUUGUCCAGGGAGCAGAGGACCAGGGCAUCCAGGAAGAAGAAGGAGGUGCCUAUGAGAGAGACAACCAGCACCAAGAUGAGGCUGGAGAAGACCCAGAGAAUGGACACGAGCUUCAAGAACAAGGGCCCCAUGAAGCUGACCCGGAAUCCGAGGCAGACAGGGCAGCUGUGGAGGAUAUAAACCCAGCAGACGACCCUAAUAAUCAAGGGGAGGAUGAAUUUGAGGAAGCCGGGCAAGUGAGGGAAGAAAACUUGCCAGAUGAAAAUGAAGGGCAAAAACAAAGUCACCAAAAGCAAGAGAAUACAGAAAUGGAGGAGCAUUUGGUGAUGGCAGGAAAUCCAGACCAGCAAGAGGACAAUGUGGAUGAGCAGUACCAGGAAGAGGGGGAAGAGGAGGUUCAGGAAGAUUUGACCGAGGAGAAAAAAAGGGAAUUGGAGCAUAAUGCUGAAGAGACCUAUGGUGAAAAUGAUGAAAAUGCUGAUGAGAAAAAUAAUGAUGGAGAAGAGCAAGAAGUUCGAGAUGACAACCGCCCCAAAGGCCGAGAGGAGCACUACGAGGAGGAGGAAGAGGAGGAGGAGGACGGCGCCGCUGCUGCUGAGAAGUCACGGCAAAGAGCUGAAAUGUAGCUGUGCCCGAUUUCACAGACAGAGCUCGGCCGCCGGAUUCUUUUCAAGCUGCUCAAAAAUAAAUCUGCCUACUGAACUCUAGGAUAUUUAAUUACAGAAAUUAAGAAUUUAGACUUUUUUUUAACUUUUAUAUUAGAAAUGCUCAUACAUUUAUAUGAAUAUAUUUUGAUAACCUAGGUUAGAGCUUCUUUUUAUAUUCAAGCAAAACACGAAUGAGAAGAAAAACAAUAAAGCAGGCCUUAGGCUCUGAAUCUCAUUUUUCAUAGAUUAUGUGAUAUUGGAAAACACAUUGAUUUUGUAUAUGUUUCAACUUGUUCCCUUCUCUGUCUUCUAGUUUCCAAGCAUUCUGUUGUUUGCCUUUGGUGAAAUGCAGGAUUUCAAAAUAGAGAAUACUGAAAAAUGCUGUACAAGCGUCAUGGAGAAUGGCCAGUUUACUCAUUGCUGCCUUUCCAAGGUUCUUAUGUAUAGUUCUGAUAGAAUUUUCACCAGUCUGCGUAUCUCUGGGAUAUGAUUCAUGGACAGGGUGACAUACAGUUAGAAAGACAUUUUUGUUACAAAGACAUUUUUUUCAGGCUUUUCGGAUCAGAUAGAGAAAAAUGUUUGGCUUUACUUAAAGCCACAGAUCUUCCUCUUGAAUUACAUUUAAAUGUGGGAUAGUACUAAAACUCACUGGAUGGUAUCCUGGACUUAGAUAUUUCAGGAUUCAAACAAGGUAUGACACAUCAGUGUAUUAACCUUUUUAAGUACUGACACCUUGUUUAGUAACUAAUUUAGUGUGUUUGGGUGGUGUUUUCCAUGUGAACACCCCUUCUUUUUUUCCUGUAGUCACCCAGUGAUAGCCUUGUUUUAGUAUCUAACUCUCUCCGGUAAUAUAUAUUCCCCUGCAAGCUCUGUGCCCCCAUGUGUAAUCACUGAUGACAGGCAUGACUAUAAACACGUACCAAAUUGUACAACUGAAUAGGAUAUUUUUCAAAAACUAUAUAGUGAAAUACACAUGGUGAUGUGGUCGACCCUCAUGACUGUUUGCUGGGAUUGCAUCUGCUUUAUGCCCAUGGAUAGACUUUCAAUGAUUAUGAAUUAUACACCAGUCUGUGUAUCUCUGGGAUAUGAUUAAAUAAAAAUAAAAAAUAAAAACAAAAAAAUUAAAAAUCAAAAAUUUCCCAUGGGAUAGAGACAUAUUUCAGCCUCAAGUAUAAAGAUUUUUGACUAAAUAGAAUUAGGUUGUAUCACUCAUAUGUGUGUGGUUUUAUAAUACUUUCAAAUUAAUAAAAACAGAUUUCAGUUUCUACCGUUAUUGUAUGAAAGUAAUUUUAUUUCUUAAUGACCACACUCGUGUGGUUUUGAUUCUCCCAGCUGAGUGAUUAUGUGUGUAUGCAGAGGAGUGUUGUGUUCAAGUGUAUUUUGGAUUUUCAGUAAUCAUGAAUCAAAACUUAAACCUUUAUGUAUAAAAACCCUUUAUGUAAUGUAAAAUGUAUAAUACUGUACAUAAUAUUCAGAAUACAAUUAUUUUGGUAAAUUAGUUUGUAUUUUUAAUGUCCCAGUUGCAGUAUUUAAUUAUUUGAAACAUAUUGAAACUUGGUAAUAGUCAAUAAAGCUAUAAAAAGCAAGUGGUA